GGAGUCCCUGUUUUCAUCGAUUUUCGAAUUUUACCCAGUGUUUCUUCUUCAUCUCCUUCAUUAUAGCCUUCGCCUUAUCACCAAACAAACAACACAGGAUAAAGGUGACCAGACAAAGAAGGUUUUUUGAGCCGGAAAAUGGUAGGCUGAAGAUCUGGGUUUGAUCGGCGAAAUCGAUUUGUUCUUCCGAUGUUUUGAUUUUCAUUGGAUUGCUCUCCGAUCUUCUGGCUUUUGCGGUUUCUGAGUAGGUUUGUUAGAGAAGAUUCUGACGGCAAGGCUAGUGACCAGAGUGGAAUGUGAUUUGCAUGGGUGACGAUGCCAGAGUUGCGUAGUGGAGCACGGAGAUCAAAACGGCUUGGUGAUCUCCAGCCUGCCCCUCAACCCACAGGACAAGAAGAGAACUUGGCAUUACCUACACAGAAUAGAACUAGAAGGAGAGGUGGUGGGGGAAGGGGAAGAGGUAAUGCAGCGGCUGUAGCAAAAGGGCCUUCAACAGGAGUUCGUGGGAGGCCAGCUGCUGCUGGUAGAGGCAGGGGGGUUAGGUUGAUAGAUUUAGACCCAGAGCCACCUUUCGAGGCUCCUCAAGCUGUUGCAGUUGGGGUCAGGGAACCAGCUUUUAAUAGAAUUGAAGGUGCUGCUGACAAAGAUAUUGCAAUGGAUGGUGGCAGUGCAGAUAAAAUAGUGGGAGUUGAAGAAGAAGGAAAUACAACUCCUGUACCUGACAAGGUGCAAGUGGGCAAUUCCCCUCAAUACAAGACAGAAAGGAAGUUAGGUAAGGGUGGGUUUGGCCAAGUCUAUGUUGGCAGGAGAUUGAGUGGUGGCACAGAGAGAACAGGACCGGAUGCAGUUGAGGUUGCAUUGAAGUUUGAGCACCGGAAUAGUAAGGGUUGCAACUAUGGCCCUCCGUAUGAAUGGCAGGUGUACAACACUCUGAAUGGAUGCUAUGGAAUUCCAUGGGUUCACUACAAGGGUCGCCAGGGAGAUUUUUACAUUCUGGUUAUGGACAUGCUUGGACCAAGUCUUUGGGACGUUUGGAAUUCUUUAGGCCAAUCCUCAUGCAACAGUAUGUCACCAAAUAUGGUAGCCUGUAUUGCUGUGGAGGCAAUAUCAAUUCUUGAAAAGCUUCACAUGAAGGGGUUUGUUCAUGGGGAUGUGAAGCCAGAGAAUUUUUUACUUGGUCAGCCAGGAACACCUGAUGAGAAGAAGCUGUAUCUUAUUGAUCUUGGCUUGGCAUCAAGGUGGAAAGAUUCAGCUUCUGGUCAGCAUGUGGAAUAUGACCAAAGGCCUGAUAUUUUCAGGGGGACAAUAAGAUAUGCAAGCGUCCAUGCGCAUUUAGGCCGGACAGGAAGUAGAAGGGAUGACCUUGAGUCACUGGCAUACACAUUAAUAUUUCUCAUAAAGGGAAGGUUGCCAUGGCAGGGUUAUCAGGGUGAUAACAAGAGUUUCCUUGUCUGCAAAAAGAAGAUGGCCACCUCUCCAGAGUUGAUGUGUUGCUUUUGUCCUGCACCAUUCAAACAGUUUCUUGAAGCUGUAACAAAUAUGAAGUUUGACGAGGAGCCAAAUUAUGCAAAGCUUAUAUCUUUCUUUGAAAGUCUUAUUGAACCAUGCACAUCACUUAGGCCAAUAAGGAUUGAUGGAGCUCUUAAGGUUGGGCAGAAGCGGGGAAGGCUGCUCAUAAACUUGGAGGAAGAUGAACAACCAAGGAAGAAAGUACGGUUAGGUAGUCCUGCUACCCAAUGGAUUUCAGUGUAUAAUGCUCGCCGUCCCAUGAAGCAGAGAUACCACUACAAUGUUGCGGACUCUAGGCUCCAACAGCAUGUAGAAAAGGGCAAUGAAGAUGGGUUAUAUAUUAGCUGUGUAGCUUCGGCAGCAAACCUUUGGGCGUUAAUCAUGGAUGCAGGAACGGGGUUCUCUUCCCAAGUUUAUGACCUUUCAUCUGUUUUCCUUCAUAAGGAUUGGAUAAUGGAACAGUGGGAAAAAAACUUUUAUAUUAGCUCAAUAGCUGGUGCAGCUAAUGGAAGUUCUUUGGUGGUUAUGUCAAAAGGAACUCCUUACACUCAGCAGUCUUACAAAGUAAGUGAAUCGUUUCCGUUUAAAUGGAUAAACAAAAAGUGGAAGGAAGGGUUCCAUGUGACAUCCAUGACUACUGCUGGGAGUCGUUGGGGCGUUGUGAUGUCCAGGAACGCUGGAUAUUCUGAGCAGGUGGUUGAGCUCGACUUUUUGUAUCCAAGCGAAGGAAUACAUAGACGCUGGGAGAGUGGUUACAGAAUAACGUCUAUGGCAGCUACUGCUGAUCAAGCAGCUUUCAUAUUGAGUAUACCUAGACGCAAAAUGAUGGACGAGACUCAGGAGACCCUGCGAACAUCUGCAUUUCCGAGUACACAUGUAAAGGAGAAGUGGUCAAAAAAUCUCUACAUUGCUUCAAUUUGUUACGGAAGAACUGUCUGCUGAUGAAUGAUUGUUUUGAUCGAGUGUGAGUUAGGGGAAUGAUUUUGAUCUGUGAAAACAAACCCCCCACCCUUCUUGUGAUGUACAACUGUGUAAAAACUGCUAUUGAAUUCUGAACAGCAGAUUCCAUUUUACAGAUUGGUCUUGGCAUUAAGGGCCAAGAUAGAUGAAUGAUUGUAAGCAUUUCAUGAUGAUGAUGUUGUACUCCCUUCUACUUAUGUAAUACAACAUAAUUUAAUCUUCAUUUA